AUGCCACCGCGGGCUCCAAACCGCCUCCUCUACAUCGCCGCCCUCGGCAACCCAGGAGCCAAAUAUGCCAGAACCCGCCACAAUGCCGGCAGCCUCCUCCUCGACGCCCUCCUCCCGCGCCUGCAGACGCGCUGGGCCGAGGCAAACCUGCACCCCUUCGUCGCGACCAAGCGGCCAACGCACUACAUGAACGAGUCCGGCCGGGGCCUCGUGGCUGCGAUGAUGAACUUCUUCGUCAGAGCGGACCGGGGGCUGUCCAUGCAGAUCCCCGGGCUGCAGCGCGGAGAGGGGGUGCCGGCAACGCUGGUCCUGCUGCACGAUGAGUUGGAGAGUGCGCCGGGGAAGCUGAAGGUUCGGUACGGGGGACCCGAGUCGUUUAGUCUGCGCGGCCACCGGGGGUUGGAGGAUGUGUUUGCGACCCUGGAUAAGAAGAAGAUGUGGAAUUUGGGGGCCAAGCGCGGCGAACCGGAUCCGCGCGAGGUGAGGAGUGUGUUUGUGAAGGGGAGUGAGAAGGCAUUUAAGGAUGCGCCGCCGCGCGAGUUUGCCGUGCUGCGGAUUGGAUAUGGGAUCGGGAGGCCGGAGACCAGGGGGCGGGAGGAUGUUGCGGAUUAUGUGCUUGCGGAAAUGGAUCCGCAGGAGGCGAAGAGGAUGGAGGCUGCGGUUGACCAGGUGGUGAUGGCUCUGGAGAAGGAGCUUUAUCGGGGGCGUGUCUAUGCGCAGGGACCCUGA